AUGGACCAUUCUUCUGUGUGGAUCUUUUUGCUGUCCCUCUCUCUCUCCCAUCACAGUGUUGCAGUACAAGCUGAAGCUUGCAGGACGGUGGUACAGGCAGACAUUGUGUUCCUAGUAGAUGUGUCAUGGAGUGUGGGUCAGGCCAGCUUUUCUAAAGUCAAAGACUUCAUCUCAGCAGUCGUCUCCUCCUUUCAGGACAAUGUGCUCGGAGCUGAGGGGGUUCGCUUCGGAGUCACUGUCUUUGCAGAUGUUCCAAGGAUGUGCAUGGCUCUUACAGACUACAGUUCACUUGAAGAGAUUCUCAGAGCCAUCAGAGACCUCCCAUAUGAUGGUGGAUCCAAGAGGACUGGCAGCGCCCUCCAGUUUCUUGUUGAUUCUGUGUUCAGCCCUGUCAUCAGUCGAGAUUUUGCACCAAAGAUUGCAGUUUUGAUCACAAAUGGACGUUCAGACGACCCGGUUGAUCUUGCAGCCAGGACAGUUGCUGACAAUGGAAUUACAGUCUUUGCAGUAGGUGUUCGAGGAGCUGAUGAGUCAGAACUGAGAAAUAUUGUCUCUGAGCCAUCUGAGGAGCAUCUAUUGCUAUGCAAUGACUUUUCUCUCCUGGAAACCAUCCUUCCCAAACUGUCCCGUAGAGUGUGCUUUACUGCCUCUGAGCCACCCCGUCCUGUGAAAACCUCCCCGCCAACUAAAGAGCGUAUAGUGGGUCCCAGAGACCUUCAAGUGAGUGAGUUGGCCCACAGCUCCCUCAGGCUUACAUGGAGCCAGGCCACAGGUGAUGUCACUGGGUACCGCCUCCUGGUCACCCCUCUGAACUCAAAAGGACACCUCCUUUCCCUGCAGCAGAGACAGAUGGAUCUGAAAGCAGAUGUGAGCACUGUCAUGGUCACAGAACUGAGUCCUAAGACAGACUAUUCCCUCACACUCUAUGCCAUCUACCCAAGCCUCAUAGGCGACUCUGCAACAAUCACAGUGAAGACAACUCCUUUGCCCAAAGUAUCAAACUUCCGCAUCAUUGAGGAAGGUCUGUUCUCUCUACGUCUUGGCUGGACUCCUCCUCUGGGGAAGCUGGAUGGAUUCAAGAUCUUCAUCCCAAGAUCCAGCAGACCAGGAUUAACUUAUGAGCAGCUACUUCCCGGAGACACCUCAUCACAUGUGAUUGACAGCCUGGAGGAGGAUAAGAAGUACACCAUCAGUAUCUAUGCUGUUUACCCCCAAGGACCAAGUGAACCGGUUUCAUUAGUGGGCAAGACAUUAAAAUUAGUACCAGUUCAGCAGUUCCUAGUUCAGAACGCCACAACAGACACUGUCCAAGCAAGGUGGGCAUCAGUCAAGGGUGCCACAGGAUACCGUUUGACAUGGGCAUCCCAAGAUGGCCAUAUUGAAAAUAUAAACCUUGGGGACACAUUUAAUUUCUACAUGAUCCAGGGUCUCCACCCAGGCACUGAGUACACUGUUACCAUCAACCCCAUCUUUGGAGACAUCGAGGGGCCCGUCACCACCACCAAAGUCAAGACAUUGGAAAGCAGUGCUGUUCAAACACUGAAGGUAUCUGCUGUGAGCACCAGUACAGCCGUUGUUUCAUGGAACAGUGUCCCAGGGGCCACUGGAUACAGGCUGGCAUGGGGACCAACCCCAGAGUUUGUUGGUCAGGAUCGUCCUAGGCAGUUGGCUCUGAACAGCAGCACCACAGAGUACCAGCUGAAGAAUGUAGCCCAUGAUACAGAGUAUGUCCUGACUCUGUAUGUGCUGUUUGGAUCUGUCAUUGGCCCUGGUAUCUCUGCAACCUUCAGAACUUCUCCUUUGGGUUAUGUGUCCAACUUUAAAGUGACAGCCUACACCAGUACAUCUAUAGAUGUGGAGUGGAGUCCGGUGGUUGGAGCCACAGAGUACAAACUGUCCUGGAACACGGAUUAUAGCAGACCCCAAUCCCAGUACUUGGACCGCAAGGUCCUGUCCCAUCGGAUCAGUGACCUGAACCCACAGUCUCUUUACACAAUCACCAUCUGUGCAGUAUACGGCAACUCUGAAGGACCAGAAAUCUCCUUGUCUCAGCUCACAGCUGCAGUCUCAGACUCUGAGCCAAUCAUGGCAGUGAAGCAGGUGAAAGUUGUGGACAUAGGAGUAAAUUCCUUCACCUUGUCUUGGAAGAAAACACCAGGGGUUUCUGGGUACAAAAUCUCCUGGAUUCCCUUCCUAGGAGGAAGAGAGAAUUCCCAAGUGGUAUCUGCUGCUUCCACUACCUUUACAAUACAUGGCCUGCGAGAGAGCUUGGCUUAUAAGAUCCAGGUUACCCCUGUAGUGGGGAGAAGGGAGGGAAGCCCAGUCCUGCUCACUGCACGCACUUUGGAUCUUCCAAAAGUGGAGGGAUUUGCUGCUCUGAACACAACAGAGAGCAGCACUGUUCUGAACUGGACACGCGUAGCUGGCGUCUCUGGAUAUCUUCUCUCCUGGAGACACAUCUCAGUGUUGGAUACAAAAACAGAGAACCUGGGUCCUGGCUUCUCCUCUUUUAAGAUUAGUGAGCUCCUGUAUGGCAGAACAUACAUUUUCACCAUCAGACCUUUGUAUGGAGAAGUGGAGGGGCCAGUAAGCACCAUAUAUCAGAGAAUAUUGGGUCAGGAUGAUCCUACGAAAACACGUCAAUUCGUGCCAACCACAGUAGCGCCAACCCCCCAACAGAUCACAACUGCAUUCCAGACUGCCUCCAUCGUAAACAUUUCCAUCACCCAGUCGGCCACCAGGGCCACUGGGCACAACAACAAGCCUCCAGAUGAGCCAAGAGUCACUGCAGCCAGAGCAGCUACAGUCACGUCCCUGCAGCAAACUACAGUGACCGCAAAGACAACUCCUCCAUCACAUCCAGUGUGUGGGAAGGCUAAAGCUGAUAUAGUAUUCUUAGUGGAUGAGUCCUCAAGCAUUGGCGUUAACAACUUCAUGAAGAUGAAAGACUUCAUAUUCAGAAUGGUCACUUACUUCCCUGUAAUUGGUACACAGGGCACACAGAUAGCAGUGGUUCAUUACAGCGAUGAGCCUCGAAUUGAAAUCCGUCUAAAUGACUUCAAAGACAGAAACUCUUUGCUCCGGGCAAUCAGAGGGCUCCGUUAUGGAGGAGGCAACACCAAAACAGGAAAAGGGAUCAGCUACGUUCUGCAGGAACUGUUCCAGGAGUCUCUGGGGAUGAGGCAGGAUGUAGCCCAUGUUCUGGUUCUGAUUACAGAUGGCAGGGCCCAGGAUGAUGUGAUUCCACCAUCCAGAAUUGCACGUGCUUUGGGGGUCAGUGUCCUAGUAGUUGGAGUUUCCAAUGCAGAUAUUGAGGAGCUGAAUAAAAUUGCAGCUCCCACAAGCUACAAAAAUAUUUUCUACUCACCAACUUUUGACGACUUCCCCUCCAUCGAGAGAGAAUUUAUCAAGAGCAUCUGCGGUGAUGAAGUUCUCUCCGAGUUUAAACUACGUGAUGAGUCUGCUCAGUUAGACACUCCAACAGAAGACCCAGAGGAGUUGCUCAAGCCUCAGGGUCCCUGCUCCUCACAAUGUGCAAAGGGCCAGAAAGGUGAAAAAGGAGAUGCUUUUGGUCUUGGAGGUCUGAGAUUCAGACAAAGCCCUGGGCAGUAUGAUCCUUUCACAUCUUCUAAAGGGGAGAAAGGCGAUAGGGGACCUUCUGGAACAGAUGGUGUCCCUGGGUUGCCAGGACGACCAGGAAGAGCGGGACCCCCGGGUUCUCCUGGCCAGCGGGGCCCUCCAGGCGUCCCAGGUGACACGGGACCUCCAGGACAAACUGGUCUAAAGGGACAACGAGGGGAAAGAGGAGAGCCUGGAUAUGUUAUAGCUGGCACUGAUGCAAAUUUUGUACCUGGACGAAAAGGAGAACCUGGAUCUUCAGGCCCCCAAGGACCACCUGGUGUACCAGGGGUCAAUGGGGCUCCAGGGCUGCCUGGCCAAGCAGGACCACCAGGUCCACCAGGAAUUUCUAUGAAGGGAGAUCCUGGAGAGCCGGGAGCCAAAGGUUUACGAGGGAAACAGGGCAUGAAAGGAGACAAAGGGGAGCCGGGAAAAGAUGGUAUUGCAGGUUUGCCUGGUCCCAUUGGCAUUGAUGGGAUACCAGGAUUACCAGGCCAAAAAGGAGAGAAGGGUGAUGAAGGAAUUGGUAUACAGGGUAUUCAAGGUCUUCGUGGAGAGCCAGGCGAAAAGGGGAAUAUUGGCUUUAUGGGACCAGUUGGCCCAAAGGGUGAGCGUGGAGAGCAUGGCAUCCAGGGAAUUGUUGGACCCCGGGGGAAAAAGGGAUUAAAAGGGGAGCAAGGAAACAAGGGAGAGCGUGGAGAGAUGGGACCAGCUGGAUCACAAGGAUCUCAAGGACUGACGGGGCCAAUGGGGCUGAAAGGAGAUGAAGGUCUAAGAGGAGCCCCUGGAGAUCCUGCCAAGGGUAUAAUUGGUCCAACUGGGAAAAAAGGUGCGAGGGGAGACAUUGGACCAGUUGGACACACAGGCCCUCAGGGGAUAAAGGGAAAACAAGGAGACAAAGGAGAAAAGGGUAAUCCUGGUUUUGGAAUUCCAGGACAGCAAGGACCAAAAGGGGAAAAUGGUGAGAGGGGAAAUGUCGGUUUAUCUGGGAAACCAGGACCAAAGGGGAAAGAUGGUAGUAAAGGUGACAAGGGGAGUAUUGGCAUACCUGGCAAUCCUGGAGAGCCAGGUUUAAGAGGUAAAGAUGGUCUGUCUGGAGCAAAAGGAGAACAAGGAAUGAAGGGUGAACAAGGACCAACUGGAGAACCUGGUGAAAGAGGAAUACGGGGUCCGCUUGGAUUGCCAGGGCGACCGGGUGACCCUGGAGGCAAAGGGGAAUCUGGAAAGCUUGGCCUACCUGGUACUGAUGGGAAUAAAGGUGAAAAAGGAGAGCCGGGGAAACCUGGCCCUCCGGGAACACAAAUUGUUGCAGACAACAACAACAUACUGGCCCGAGUGAUUAAGGGUGAGCCGGGUCAGCCUGGUUUGAGAGGAGAAACAGGUCUACCUGGUCCAAGAGGUCCAGAGGGGAAGCCUGGAUUACCAGGACCAUCUCUGAGUACUUCUGGAAGAGAUGGGCUUGAUGGCCUGCCAGGGAAACCAGGAGUGAAGGGUGAAAAGGGGCAAAAAGGAGAGCCUGGAUUGAGAGGAGAGAAAGGAGACCAAGGUGGGGUUGGGAUUGCUGGAAUUCCUGGUUUACCAGGAACUCCGGGGAGACCUGGCGUUGAUGGGAAGAGAGGCAUGCCAGGAAAAGAUGGUGAAAGGGGGACCAACGGAGAUGAUGGCAAAAAGGGUGACAAGGGUGAUGCAGGUACAAAUGGUAAAGAUGGAAGUAAGGGAGAACCAGGACCUCCAGGUUUACCUGGUAGGCAAGUGCUUGUCACUCCUGAGGGUGCCACAAUUGAUGAAGUCCGACAAGCAUUUCCAAUCCCAAUGGGUCCUCCAGGAGCGACUGGUUCUCCAGGAAUGAAGGGUGACAUAGGGGAAAGAGGCCUGAAAGGGGAGAAGGGUGAUGCUGGAGCUCCUGGAAAGUCUCUUGAGAUGAAGGACAUUGAGGAGAUGUUUGAAUCCUAUGGUAUAAGGCUGCCUUUGCUGAAGGCUUUGAUUGACAGGUUGCUGCAGGAUGGAGUAGAGGAGCUGCUUCAUGUGCUCAGCACGUCCAAAAAAACAAAAGGGAACACAGAAACUCACACCUCCAACGUCAUCACAGAGUAUACGAGUUCUGUAAAGUAUGACCUCACCAACCAGCCUUUGUCUGACCGGCACAACACUGAAGACCCUGACUUAGACGACCAGCUGCCUGAACCUUUGUUGACUGAUCCUUUAAAUGAAACGUCGGAGGGUCCGACAUUGUGGACCAUCACUACACUGGAUGGAGGGCAGAAGCUAAACCAGAUUGAGACCAACUUAAAGGAGUCAAGAGAAAAGGAGAUUUUAGACUGGGACAAGGAUGAAAUACCUUCACUCAGAGCUAAUUUGACUAAAGUUAAUUCUACUUUCAAUUAUACAAAAGUUAAAGAGACAGUUUCAGGGCUUCCUAAGCCUGUGAUGGAGACCGUUCUCCUCACUCAGGAAGUCCCCUUGAAGAAGAACUCAGCACCAAAGAAGAAGAGCAGGGAACGUGGGAAAGGCAAAGGAAAUAAAGGACGACAUAAGAGGCAGAGACAACGCCUGACUAGUGAAGACGGCAAGCAAGAAAAAGCAGAGGAGGAGUUGGAUAAUGAUGAAGAAUACAGUUAUGAAUAUGAGGAGGGGCAGGACGAGCUGUCCACAGAUGAUCUGCCACCAGUUUCCAAUGCCAGAACAAAGAACAAGGAGCUUGAAGACCAAACAGCUGAAUUCCUCACUCCAGUGGAAGAAUUGGAGGGACACUUACCCACACACAAUCCUGACCAAUUUGAAACCUCCAGACUUCCUGUAACAUCAGACAGAGGAACAGAUACACAAGUUGUCCUUUCAAUCACAGCACUGCCUUCUAAACCAGUGGAUAAUAGAGACAAGGAUGAGGUGACACUGCCCACUCCUCCAAUUGCCACAGAUGAACCAGAUAAGGUGCCUCAACCUCAAAUCAGAGUGAAAAGAGGCACCUCCUGGCCUGACUCUAUGGUGUUUAUGCCGGGUGUCCCAGGUGGAAGAAAAAGGUUUAGAGGGACACAAAAACAUCCGUCCUCUGGAGCUCAAGGUUAUAACAGUUGGAGUAGCAUAAGACACAAAAAUCCAAACCUUCAUGAGUAUGCCAUGAGGGAGAGGCUAGAAAGAGGAGCAAGAAAGAGAUAUAGUAAUACAGAUAGAGAUGCUCAUGGUGGAGAAGAGGAGCAGAUUGAGGUAGAGAAGGAAAUAGUAAAGGAAAAAGAAAUAGUACUACAUACAGAAACAGACCUUGAUCCAGUCUAUGAUGAUGAGGAGAGGAGUGGAGACUAUGACUGGGGGACUGAAGAAGAUGUAGAUCGGGAAAGGGAAGAGGAGGAAGAAGAGGAGCUGGAGAAGCAGAGAGAGAGGGAAAGGUUGGAGAUGGAGAGGGAAAGAGGGGAGCUGGAGAAGGAGAAGGAGGCUGAAAUUGACUGGGAGAGAGAAAAAGUGGAGGGUGAG